CUCUCUCUCUCUCUCUCUCUCUCUCUCCCCCAUUGUGCGUGAUUCAUUUAUAAUUAAUCUCUUUCCCUCGUGACCCUCCUCUCUCCUUCCUCUUCUCUCUCUCUCUCUCUCUCUCUCUCACCUUCUAACCUCUUUGCAACUUUCCGGAUCUCGUCUUUGGGGGGUACCAAGAGAGAGCGGCCGGCAGCCGAACGACGAGCAGAACGAGCUCAGGAAGACCCAUUUGAUUACGUAGAGUAGGAUGACCAAGACCUUGUAAAGAGUGGGAGGAGGAGAAGGAGGGUUUGUAUUAACAGGGUAUUAUAUACUUGCUCUCACUCUGUGGAAAUGACUGUUGACGAUCCGCCUACUAUGAUGGCACGUGGUGGUGUGAGGGCGAGCCAGCCUUCUUUCAGCUCAAACAGCAACAAUGGUAAUGGUAAUGGCAACACCACCCCCUCGCAUAGUUCGGCCUCGAGCAUGAACGGCGGGGAUGGUUAUGAAAGCGACGGCUCAAACUUUGCUCCUCCUACGCCAAUGACCUUGUCAAUGUCCAUCCCUGCUGAGCUUGCUGGUGCUAUACCUUUAAUUGAUAGGUUCCAGGUUGAGGGCUUUUUGAAAGCAAUGCAAAAGCAGAUCCAUUCAGCUGGAAAACGCGGAUUUUUCUCAAAAAAAUCUCUAGGGCCGCAAGCUCGUGAAAAGUUUACUUUGGAGGAUAUGUUGUGUUUCCAAAAGGAUCCUAUCCCCACUUCUUUGCUUAAAAUUAGUAGCGAUCUGGUAAGCCGCUCUAUUAAGUCGUUCCAUAUUAUACUGAAGUACAUAGGACUCGAGGCAUCAGACAAAACAACUCUGUUGACCCUGGAUGAUCGGAUUGGGCUUGUAGUGAAACUUUACAAGCAUACUCUGAAGCGUUCUGAACUUCGAGAUGAGCUUUUUGCUCAGAUUUCAAAGCAAACACGCAAUAAUCCUGAUAGGAGUUGGUCAAUAAGAGCUUGGGAGCUCUUGUAUUUAUGUGCGUCCUCCAUGCCUCCUAGUAAGGAUAUUGGAGCAUAUUUAUCAGAGUAUGUUCAUUAUAUUGCUCAUGGGACGACUACUGAUUCUGAGGUCCGGAUUCUUGCAUUGAACACAUUAAAUGCUUUGAAGCGUUCGGUGAAGGCAGGGCCUAGGGUUACAAUUCCAGCCCGUGAGGAGAUAGAGGCUCUUCUGACCGGUAAAAAGCUUACGACAAUUGUGUUUUUCUUGGAUGAAACUUUUGAAGAGAUUACCUUCGACAUGGCAACAACUGUUGCUGAUGCUGUUGAGGAACUUGCACGGAUCAUCAAACUUUCAGUCUACUCCAGUUUCAGUCUCUUUGAGUGUCGAAAGGUUGUCAGUGGAUCGAAAUCUUCUGAUGUUGGCAAUGAGGAAUAUAUCGGAUUAGAUGAUAACAAAUAUAUUGGUGAUUUGCUUGCUGAAUUCAAGUCAGCUAAGGACCGCAACAAAGGAGAGAUUUUGCACUGCAAACUUGUAUUUAAGAAACGGCUAUUUCGGGAAUCUGACGAAGCUGUGGAAGAUCCAAUGUUCGUUCAGCUCUCUUAUGUGCAGCUACAACAUGAUUAUAAUUUGGGAAAUUAUCCAGUUGGGAGGGAUGAUGCUGCACAACUCUCUGCUCUUCAAAUUCUUGUUGAGAUUGGGUUUGUGGACAACCCUGAUUCAUGUGUUGAAUGGAUAUCACUUCUUGAACGGUUCUUACCUAGACAGAUUGCGGUUACAAGAGGAAAACGGGAGUGGGAGCUUGACAUUAUCUCUCGCUAUCAAUUAAUGGAACACUUGUCGAAGGAUGAUGCGAGGCAACAGUUCCUCAGAAUUCUGAGGUCUCUCCCUUACGGAAACUCAGUUUUCUUCAGUGUGCGAAAGAUAGAUGACCCAAUAGGCCUUUUACCUGGAAGGAUCAUUUUGGGCAUCAACAAACGUGGGGUGCACUUUUUCCGCCCUGUUCCUAAAGAGUACUUGCACUCUGCUGAAUUGAGAGAUAUAAUGCAAUUUGGUAGCAGCAACGCUGCUGUUUUCUUUAAGAUGAGAGUCGCUGGUGUUCUUCACAUUUUCCAAUUUGAAACAAAGCAGGGGGAAGAAAUAUGUGUUGCUCUUCAAACACACAUAAAUGAUGUGAUGCUGCGCCGAUAUUCAAAGGUGAGGGCUGCUGCCGGUGCAUCUAUUCAGAAUGAUAUUUCUCAGUCAGUAAAGCCACCAAGCACGGAAAUAUAUGAGAAGCAUGCACUGGAUUUAUCGAGAGCAGUUGAAGAAUCUCAAAAAAAUGCGGAUCGGUUGUUGCAGGAGCUGCAUACAAAGCAGAAAGAAGAAAGGCAGAUGCAGGAGGAUUUAGAAGCGCUAAGAGAUGCUUUGCAGUCUGAGAGAGAAAAUUUAAUGGAAGUGACAUCCGACCGUGAUAGAAUCAAGUCGCUGUUCGAUGAAAAAGAAGUUGCUUUGCAGUCUGCAAUGUUGGAAAAAACCAAAUUGGAGGCUAUGUUGGCAAGAAUGAACACUCAAGAGCUUUUUUCAUCAGAGAAUAAUCAUAAUGGAGCAGAUGCUGAUGGCGGCACACAGGUGUUGAGUAAGAUUCAGGAGGAGUUGAAGACAUGUAGGAAAGAACUGCAUGCGUCAAAAGAAACCUUUAAGAAGCUGCUGAUGGAAAAAUCUCUGCUUGAACAGAAGGUCCAAAGGCUUGAGAGAAUGACAAAUGAAGAGAAAAGUGCAUUGGAAAAAUUUUACGAUGAGAAUCGGAAACUUAGAGUGCAGAAAGCAGAACUGGAGCAGAAGUUGGAAAGCACCUCACAAGCCUUAACAGCAGCUGAAUCUAGGCUUACGCUGAGAAAUGCUGAACUAGAUACAUUGCAGAACAACGUAAAAGAACUUGAAGAAUUGCGAGAAUUUAAAGCAGACAUUGAUAGGAAGAAUGAGCAAACAGCUGCAAUUUUACAGAAGCAAGGUGCUCAGUUGGCUGAAUUAGAAGCACUCUAUAGGGAAGAGCAAAUUUUGCGAAAACGAUACUAUAAUACAAUUGAAGAUAUGAAAGGGAAGAUAAGAGUUUUCUGCCGUUUGCGUCCUUUGAGUGAUAAGGAAAUCGCUGAAAGAGAAAAGAAUGUAGUUGUGAGUCCUGAUGAAUUCACAGUUGCGCAUCCAUGGAAAGAUGAUAAGUCAAAGCAACACAUUUAUGAUCGUGUUUUUGACCAAAAUGCCUCUCAAGAUGAAGUAUUUGAAGACACAAUGUAUUUGGUACAAUCUGCUGUUGAUGGGUAUAAUGUUUGUAUAUUUGCUUACGGACAAACUGGUUCUGGGAAGACUUUCACUAUUUAUGGUUCAGAAAACAAACCCGGACUUACUCCAAGGGCAACUGCUGAACUUUUUAAGGUGAUAAAACGCGAUAGCAGCAAAUAUUCAUUUUCUUUGAAGGUUUAUAUGAUCGAACUUUAUCAAGACACGCUCGUGGACCUCUUACUUCCUAAAAAUGCGAAGCGGCUGAAGUUAGAAAUCAAGAAGGAUUCAAAGGGCAUGGUGUCUAUUGAGAAUGUGACUGUUGUGCAAAUAUCAACAUUUGAAGAACUAAGGGCUGUUAUUUCGAGAGGAUCCGAGCAACGUCAUACUGCUGGAACUCAUAUGAAUGAUGAAAGCUCAAGAUCACACUUGAUACUGUCAAUUAUCAUUGAGAGUACCAAUCUUCAGACUCAGACUCACGCAAGAGGAAAGCUUAGUUUUGUAGAUCUUGCGGGUUCUGAGAGGGUAAAGAAGUCCGGUUCAGCCGGAAAUCUAUUGAAAGAGGCACAAAGUAUCAACAAAUCUCUCUCUGCUCUUGGAGAUGUGAUUAGUGCUUUGUCUUCCGACGGACAGCACAUACCAUACAGGAACCACAAGUUGACAAUGCUCAUGAGCGAUUCUCUGGGGGGAAAUGCCAAAACCCUAAUGUUUGUGAAUGUCUCUCCAGCAGAAUCGAACUUGGACGAAACUUACAAUUCGUUAGUGUAUGCAUCGAGAGUACGGUGUAUAGUAAAUGAGGCAAGCAAGAACAUCUCCUCAAAAGAAGUCACGCGCUUAAAGAAGCUGGUCGCUUACUGGAAAGAACAAGCGGGAAAGCGUGGUGAUGAUGAGGAAUUAGAAGAGAUACAGGAAGAGCGCCCUACAAGAGAGAGAGAGAAGGAGAGAGAGAGAGAAAUCUUGCCGCCAAUUAAAAGAAAUUGAUGAACAAUUUGCCUAUCUCCGGUAUGCAUCGUUUGCGUUGGCGCUCGGAUGGCAUAUUAAUAAUAAUGAUCAAGUCCAUUCGCUAACAAGAGAUGAAUUUUCUCUUGCAAAUGUUUUGAUAUACCCGUUGUACAGUUAGAAGAUGUAUUAGCUCCAAUGCUUGUGUAUACGAAACGAGAGAUUACAUUCCUAAGCAAGUACCUGACCAAAAAGUUAUUUCAUGAGUUUCUUUUUUCGUACAGUAUUUAACUGAAUAUGAUAACGAUGGUGAGCGAUAUAGAGGCGCAUACUGAUGCAGUUUUAGAAGGCAACCUCAACCUCUGGGAUGGGGAAAAAAUCCAUUCGCAUGUUUCGUUUCUUUUUAUUCUUGAUGGGCUGAACAUUAAUUAUUUUA